UGGAAGGAAGCGAAAUCGGAAGCGAGCGUCUGGCUGGAGGAUUCGGAGCUGGGCCCGGGCCAGAGGCUCCCGGGAUGGACCCCGAGAGGCCGGGCUCUGCCCCACUGCCCUGCACCCUGCAGCCAUCGAGCGAGCCAGGCUUUGUGCCGCUUCCCUUCUUCCUCCGGCAUGACUCCCCAGUGUCCUGGGACCUCUGUGCCCCUAUCCCUGCUGCCGAGAGCCUGGACUCAUGGGAGAGCGGCUUGCUGUGGGAUGGAAGGUCUCUGGUCAUCGCCAAUUCUUCCCGGGGGCAGCCGGGGAUGCCAGGGGGAGCUGGCUCCAUCUCCCCACAGCCACCUCUGGAUCUCUCCGGGUUUCCUUUGGCCGAGCCUUGGGACAUACUCUUACCGGAUGCCCCCGCUGACGCAGCCCCCGAUUUCGUUCACCCUCUGGUGGCGGCUGCUCACCUGGAUCCUGGUGCUCCGUGGUUGAUGUCAACGAUAAAUCCAGCUGGAUUUACCCCUCCUCUACCACCUCUGGAUCCUGCUGGUUUUCCUUCACCCGAACUCUGGACCGGGACCCAUAUGGACGCCCCUCCUGACGCAGCCCCCGAUCCCGCUCUGACCCCUGUGGCUGCUGCCUGCCUGGAUCCCACAGACAUACCCCCGACAUCGAAGUCAAAUCCAGACUUGGGUGAAGUCUUGGCCCACGUCUCUAACACCCUGAGAUGCCACCCCAAGGGUAUGAGAGUGAAGCCGCUGAUGAAGAGGCUGCGGAAGGAACAUGGGGUGGACCUGUUGGCAUUCAGCCAGGAUGGAGGGUACCGAGGAGUCGUGUCCUUCCUGCAGGAGAUGCCGGGUAUUGAACUCUGGAACCCUGAGAAGGGAGAGAAGUGUCGUGUCCUGAGCUGUGCCUUUAAGAAGAAUGUCACAGACCCCCUGCCGCUACUCUGCAGCACCCUGGGCUCCUUCCCCAAUGGUCUGCGGGUCUUCAGCCUGAGGAAGGCCAUGUGGCAGAGGCACGGGGUGAACUUGGAGGAAUUCAGCCAGCAACAGGGAUAUCUAAGCACCCUGGACUAUCUGACCAGGCUGCGUGGGAUCAGGCUGCAGGGUCUGGAGAGAGGGGAAAAGUGUCUUGUCCAGCUUCAGAAGGGUGAGGCUGUGAAGCCCCCUGCCCCACAGCCCCCCCCAGACCCUGCUCCCCCAUUGGCCCAGCACAGCAGCAGCCCCCUGCCCGAUGCCCCUGCCAACGGGGGGCGGACAGGAGCCCCGGGAGAGAUGCCCGGCUUGGCCGAGGUCUCGGCCUGGGUGUGGGACGUGCUGGGCCGGUUCCCGCUGGGGCUGAAGGUGGGCAAGCUGAAGGAGGCGCUGCGGAGCGAGCGCGGGCUGGACCUGGAGGAGCUGAGCCGUCAGCGGGGCUGCGGGGACGCCCUGCACCUGCUCCAGGCUCUGCCCCACCUCUGGCUGCGGGACCCAGACAAGGGCGACGCCUGCCUGGCCCGGCUGGACGCGGAUGCUGCUGUUAAUGCCCCCGAGCCCUCCCAGCCUGCUGAGGCGGGUGGGCCGGGUGCCGUGGGCCCAGCGAGGCGGACGCAAGGCCAGCGUCGGGUGGCAAAGCCUGGCGCAAUGGAGAUGUUGAUCCGGGGCGCCCUGGCCCCCUACCCCUUUGGCAUCCGGGUGAAGAACCUGCGGAAGCUGCUGGCAGGGAAGCAUGGAGCCGAGCUGGAGGCCUUCAGCCAGGCCAGAGGCUACGGGGACGUGGUCUCCUUCCUGCGGGACGUCCCGGGACUCACACUCCGGGGCCCAGAGAGGGGCAACAACUGCAUCGUCCAGCUCCAGAGAGGGUCCCCGCAUCCCCACGCAGCUUCCUGUCCCGGGGAAGCAGCUGCCAGCAUCCCCUCGGAGCCAGGGGCGGCCGACAGCUGGGAUGCCGGGGACCGGGACCCAGAGCCUGCUGCUGCGCCGGAGAGAGGUGUGACUGAGGUCCUGACGCUGCUCAAGUGCCUUCUACGUUCUCACAAGUCUGGCCUGCAGCUGCAGAAGGUGCAGGAGUUGAUGCUGGAGAGACACGGGCUGGAUCUGAAGCGGUUUGUGAGCUCUCAGGGCAAGGAGGAUGUGCUCGGAUACCUGCAGAGGCACCUGCCCGCGCUGAAGUACAGGCAGCCGGAGAAGGGAGCCAAGUGUAUUGUCUGGCUGGGGACAGGGCAGAAGAAAGGUUUUGGAUCUUUGCCCCCUGGCAGUGCCCGCCCCUUGCCUGGCACCAAGAGGUGCCUCCUCCCAACGAAUGCUGCAGAGCGCCCGCCCCCACCCGCCACCGACUGCCUCAACCCCCGGCUGCCCAGUGCUACCACCAACCAGCCUCUGCUUCCCAGCCUGCCCUCGGGCCGGGAGCCCUUCCGUGCCCCUGCUGUCCUGGGCAAGCUGAGAAAGUCCCCAGGGGCCAACCCCCGUCUCCCAGCCUGGUUACUGAGCCCACCCCGGCCCACCGGCGCCUGCUCAGGCCUGCGAACAGAGGAGGGGACCCAGGAGUCCGGGGCCAGGCCUGCCAGUGCCCCCUUGAUUCUACGAACAGAGGAGGGGACCCAGGAGUCCGGGGCCAGGCCUGCCAGCGCCCCCUUGGUUCUGCGAGCAGAGGAGGGGACCCAGGAGUCUGGGGCCCAGCCACCUGAGGACCUGAGGGAGCUGAAGCGGAAAGUGGGGGCCAUCCUGGCCGGGCACCCCGGGGGCAUGUCCCUCUUCCAGUUCCGUGCCGCGUACAGCGCCGCCCACCAGCACCCGCUGCCCCUGGGCCGCACGGCCUCCACCAAGCAGCGGCUGGCGCAGAUGCCCGACGUGGUGAGGAUGCAGGGCUGCGGGGUGCAGAUGCUGCUGCUGCCAGUGGACCCCGACGAACCCCCCGGGGCAGAGCCUGGUCUCGCCCCGUGGAUCCCACAAGAAGCUGCUGCCCUGUUUAGAGACUCCGACGAUCCUGCUGAGCCCCCACCUGCCCCUGCUGUUCCUGACCCAGCUGGGGACCCUGACACCCCAACUGAGCCCCUUCCCAACCUGGCCAAGAUCCCUCUAGUCCUCACAGCUCCCGCCCUGACUGGGGACCCCAACACCCGAGCUGAGCCCCCUUUCUUCCCUGCAGCUCCCACCCCAGCUGGGGACCCCGACACCCUAACUGAGCCCCCUCCCACCCUGGCCGAGAUCCCUCUAGUCCUCACAGCUCCCGCCCCGGCUGGGGACCCCGACACCCCAGCUGAGCCCCCUCCCGUCCCUGCAGCUCCCAACCUGACUGGGGACCCCGAUACCCCAGCUGAGCCCCCUCCCACCCUGCCCGAGAUUCUUCCAGUCCUCACAGCUCCUAACCCAGCUGAGGACCCCAGAAUCCCAGUCAAGCCCCCUCCCACCUUCGUGGCUCCGAGAUGGGGGCCGAGCCCCCAGGCCCUGCAGCGCCCAGAGGCCGCCGGACCUGAAGCCAACUGGGAGUUACCUGCCUUGGUGCCCAGCGCCCCUGUGGUUCUCCCGGCAUCGGGGCCGGGCAGCAGCUCCUGGUUCUGGCUUGGGGCAGAGUCCCCCCCCGCCCUGGGUGAUCCCGGUGCUGCUGCUCGCCCAGUCGUGUACCCUCCUCCCCAGGAGGUCCCCCCGGCCCCCUCUGCAGGCCCAGAGCUGCCCUCCCUGUGCCCAGCGGCACCGGGGCCACCCCAGGCCCGGCUCAGGCUGGUCCAGUUGGUGCCUCCCUUCCAAGACCACGCCUGGGCUGGGGAUGCCCCUCGGGCACAGCCGGUCCCUAAAGCCCUGGAUCCGAAUCAGGGCACAUCAGCAGCCAUGGGAACCCCUGUGGGCCCGAUCCCUGCAGCUCCAUCCAUGGGCCAGGUCGUCUCCCCUGCUAAGCAGCUCCCAGGGGUGGCCCCGGCUCCCCUCCCUCCUCCAGAUGCCAGUGGCUUAGUGACCCCUGAGCGGGGCUGGCCAGACGCCGAGCGCCCUGGCUUAGAUGGAGAUAUCGGCUCUUCUGUUGACCCCUCGCUGCGCUGCCGUCCGGCCCAGCCAGUCCCCUCUGCAGGGAGGACCCAGCUGGGCCCGCGGGCCGGGAUCCCCUCUGCCCCACCGGCCCACUCGUCACAACGCCACACUGACAGCUGCGUUCUCCUAUAGCCACCGCUGGCAACUCGGGCUGGUGGCUCUGGGUGGAGCAGGUCGGCUUGUGGCCAACUCAGCACAGCGGGGCUUUGCUGAGCUCUGCAGAUGAGGUUGGGAAACGAACUCUUGUGAUAUAUCCAGCAGGGGGUACUGGGGCAUUUCACCCUCCCACCCCAGGCCCCCUGAGCAUUGGGGCUUUUCUCCCCACCAGGACUUGAUCUCUUUAUCUAGUAGCCUUGAAAACGUUGGCUUACAACUUUAAAGAAGUGGCCACUGACUAUUUUGGGGGGGAGGUGGCUUAAUUUGAGGACUCCCAACGCCAGAGCUGCCCUGAGACCCCCCCCUCCUCCCCCCGCCGAAUCGUGAGUGCUCGGUGGUUCUGAAAACCAGUUGUGGCUUUUCAACCGAACGUUGCCCCAAACUGGUGGCCUCUUGCUGAAAUCAGUGGCCAGCCACCAACGUCUCAGGGAAAGCGGCUUGCGCCCCAUGUGCAGCAUUGACAUUUUAGCCAUUAAAUUUUCUAACAAACGU